UUUUGGUUCUAGGUUGAAACUCUAGAUGGCGUGGAUGUGCGGCUAUAAUGGAGAUUUUGAGUGACAAGUUAAACGUAAGUUUGUUACGUUAUCCUGUUAUGUGUUUCAAAGGAUUUUUCAUCAAAAAAUUUACGAUUGCUUUUUGUAUGUGGUGGUGUUUCGCCUUGUCAGCUAUGCCAGCUGCUGAACCAGCAGCCUGCAUUCCUGCUAUCAAUGUACAAUAAGGGAUCCUGGCACUUUAAGAAGGCCACUAUUCCUUAGAUAAAGAUCACCAUCCAGUUCAAGUACUGUUAAUGGACCUCAAGCCUUUUGUUUAAGCUUAGUGAUGUGUUCUCUUGUCAGUCAACGACAGAGUCUUCAUCUACUUUGUGUUGCUAACCAUCAGCCUUCAGCAUCCCAGGUCUCCAGAUUUCCAAGUUUCUCUGAUUAGCAAAAUACCCGUCAGCUCUUCAUUGUGGCUUCUCUUCCUCUCUUCUUAGUCUGCUGAAUGCCAACAUUGAAUAAGGUUCAUCAUCAUUGCCUUUCCAUGUUCUUCUCACCGUUACUUAGCCAGCUCACAUGGAUAGGCUUUAAUAACAUCUCCAUUUUUUGGACUGCAAAUAUUCAUGUUCGUUCGGUACAACACUGCCGUUUUGACAAUUUCGGUAGUUUCGCCCCCAGUGGACCACACGCAACUACAUUUUCUUCGUCUUCCUGCCGUUGUUGUCAACGACUUCACCUCAUCGCUAUCUUCGUUGACAUCUUCGCCUUCAUCUCUGUCUCGUCGUCUUGGUCGUCUUCAUCUUCGUCUCGUCGUUUUGGUCGUCUUCGCCUUCAUCUCUGUCUCGUCGUCUUGGUCGUCUUCCCCUUCAUCCCCGUCUCGUCGUUUUGGUCGUCUUCGCCUUCAUCUCCGUCUCUCCGUCUCGUCGUCUUCGCUGUCUUUGUUUACGCCAUUACCUCGUCGCUGGCUUCUCCUUCGCCUUUCCGUGAGGGAAUUCAUCGUGGAUCGUCGCUCUGUGCAAUCACUUGGCAAUAA